AUGCUGAGGAAGAGAUCUAGAGCAACAGCUAGACAAGCUCUAAUGGCAGAUUCUAGUUCCUCAACAUCUCCCGCAGAAAAGUACAAGAAAUCGGCUUCAUCUUUCUUCGGUUCUCCAAGAUUGUUCACCAAUUUCACAUCAAAAGGUUUCCAUGAAACUGAAACUAUGAUGAGCCCUACCUCCAUACUAGACAGCAAGCCGAGUGGCUUCAAGAACCCCUUCUGGUCUGAAACAAACAGCCCCAGAACCCCAGGGGUUGAACACAAGCGUUACUGGGAUAAAUUGGAUUCAAAAGGCGUUGGUCUUGGCCUAGUUGAUGCUCUUGUUGAUGAAAAACAUGGUGAAGUAACAUCAAAACCAGAGAGCCGAAUGGUUCUGUUUGGUUCCCAGCUUAAGAUUCAGAUUCCUCUCUUGCCACCAGCAAACCUUUCUCCAUCCGAAUCACCCAAAUCCAGAGCUGAUUUUGGCAUCAAGAUAAGAACUUCUCAAUUGGGUUCUUCCUCUGGAAGCUUUUCUCCAUCUCCUGUGGAUAAAUCUGCAUCUGGGUGUGCCAAUCCUGCCCUUGAAACCUCCAAUUCUCAUCGAGUUUUCGCAGGGUGUCUCUCUGCAAGCGAAAUGGAGCUCUCUGAAGACUACACUCGCGUGAUUUGCCACGGGCCCAAUCCAAGAACUACUCAUAUAUUUGAUAACUGCAUCAUAGAGAGUAGCUCCUUUGAUUUUGGGUACUCUGCUUUUGCCAAGGAAAAUGGUUGCUUUCCUGAUCACACCACCUAUCCCUCUGAGAGCUUUCUGAGCAUAUGUUUUUACUGCAAAAAGAAUCUUGGGCAGGGUAAAGACAUCUACAUGUACAGGGGUGAGAGGGCAUUUUGCAGCCAUGAAUGCCGUUAUGAGGGGAUGCUGUUGGAGGAGGGGGUAAGCAAAUUGGAAGCCGAUGAUGUUUAUGGGACUUAGUUCCAUUCCUUUUGCCCCUCACCAAUCCAAAACCAUUCCCAUCUUUGCUUCAAAGGGCUUAGAAUAACACCCUCUUCAUUUUGAGUUACAUAGGUUAAUUUCUAGGACACAAAACAGUCCUUGGAAAUCCUGGAUCACUGUACCUGGUUUUGCUCUUUCUGCUUCUCACCCUCUCUGGGAUAACUGCGCAGAAGAUAGAGAGGAAUUGAAAGGAUGAGAUACUGUAGAGGUUAUUUUUGUUGAAAUAAUGGAUUAGGGGAUUGUUGUUGGGAUAUCCACAGUUUUUGUGUUUCAACUCAUAGUAAUGAUAAUGUUGUAUUACUUGAGCUUACAUUAUCUUUGUUUAUUGUUUAUAAAAUAUUCCACAGUAAUGAUACUAUAAUCACCCACAUAGGACCAAUGACAUCAU